AUGUCAUCGAAUGAAGAAGCAAAAAGUCCAGCAAAAUCUUCAAUUAUUAAUUAUGUCGAAAACUUUAUUGACAAACGCAAUAAUGAAUUGCGUACAACCAUGAGUGAUGAUAAUAAUGCUCCAUUAGCACAUGGAAUCGAUCGAGAUACAAUCGUUAUUAAAACUAAUGUGGAUGAUUUUCCACGUAAAAAUUUAGAUAGAGAUUCAUCAGAAUUGACUGAUCUUGACGUCGAUGACCUCAAUCUUGAUUCAGAUCCAAUUAUUGAAACACACGAAGCUGAUGAACAAGUUUAUAAACAACAAGUCUAUUUACGUCAAUAUCAACCACCGACACCUGAACCUGUUGAGAUUCAAAUUCAAGAAGUAGUUGUUAAACCAAAACCACAACGUCCACCAAUUCAUGUAUAUGUUGGACAAGCUUCCGAUAGAGAUAUACAACGUACUCCAUCACCAAUUCUUAUCAAAAGUGCUCCACCACAACCACAACCUCAUUUAAACGAACCAAUUGUCUAUAAUAAAUAUAUUCCAGUUGAUUAUAAACAACCACCUCAACAAAUCAUUAUUCAUCGCUAUCCUGAAAUGCCACCGAAACCCCGGCCUAUUGUUGUUGAACAGUGGCUUCCAAAUAAACCUGCACCGAAACGGAUCACCUAUCGUACAGUCGAUCGUGAUGAAUUUCUUCAAAGUGAGACGGAACGACAACAUAAUCGUUUUAUUGAAUAUAAAAAACCACAUACAACAGUUGAAUUUGAACUUGUUCGUUUACCAGUAAUUAAAUUAAAACCAGAAGAAUAUCUAAAUCAAUCAGUUGAACUUGCUCGAGUCGAUAACAUUCGCUCCUUAGCAAACGAUCCAAAUAUACUUCAAUGGCGAAUUUAA